CCCGUGGCUUAGCUAUGAGAAUGGUGGGGGCGAAUCGCCCAAAUUUCGCACUUGCCAACUAUCAUCUUGUUUCAGUUUUUUUGUCCAAGUUAACGCUUUCAUCACGGACCCCAUCAACCGACAGCGUACACUGGAAUGGCGGGGGGGACUGCCUCUCCCACUGCCCCACCAUGGCAUAAAGUAGUGGGCAUUACAUUGGCGUUGACAUCGGCCCUCUUCAUUGGCGUGUCUUUUGUUAUCAAGAAGAAGGGUCUUCUCAAUGCGAACACAUAUUCUGGCAACCGACCCGGCGAAGGUCACGCCUAUCUUAAAAGCGUCAUGUGGUGGACUGGCAUGAUAAUGAUGCUUGUUGGGGAAAUUUGCAAUAUGGCGGCGUAUGCCUUCUCCCCAGCAGUGCUUGUAACACCCCUCGGAGCUCUUUCGGUGGUUAUUAGUGCGAUCCUCUCAUCCUUGAUCCUCAAGGAGCGCCUGUCCUUUUCAGCAAAAAUAGGCUGCUUUCAUUGUGUUCUUGGGGCUACCAUUCUUGUCUUGCACGCACCCGCGGGAAGCUCUACCACUACACUGGCCAGCUUUUUCAAUAACGUCUUGACUCCAGGCUUUUUGAUCUGGUGCGGCAUCAACGUGCUGGUUGUCUGUGUUCUAAUAUUUUACCUAUCCCCACGAUGGGGACUCAAACAUCCUAUCAUACCGAUUGCCGUCUGUUCUCUCGUUGGCGCUUUCGUCGUCUUAGCAACUCAGGGUCUGGGUUCUGCUAUUGUAUAUACUGUCUCGAAUCCGGCCGAUGCCCCCGCUCUUUUGCGGGAUUGGCGCUUGUACUUAUUGAUCGGAUUCAUCAUACUCUCGGGCGCGUUGCAAAUUCAUACGCUAAAUGUGGCAUUGAACGUCUUUGCAACUGCUAUUGUGACCCCAACAUAUUAUGUUUGCUUCACCACCGCAACGUUAGUCGGUAGCGCUAUUCUAUUUAGGGAAUUUGCGGUAGAAAGUGCGGUGGCAGGAGCAACAGUUGGGUUAGGAUUUUUAGUCAUCGUUGGUGGUGUUUGCCUCUUAUUUGCUUUCUCUCGCAAGGAGCGUCGCCGCGAGAAGCUCAGGUCCCCCUCUGUCCCGGACUUGGGAUUGAUUGAAGCUGGAAAAAGAGAAGCGGAGGAGGAUGUAGAUUCAGAGUCUGGGGAGUCAACCAUGAUGGAUGAUGCCGUUGUUCGUAGUCAGAGAGAUAGAGUAGUUCCUGAAACACCACCUAGGUUGAGUCUUGGGGGAGUUGCGACCGGAUCCUGGUGGACUCCUAGAUAGCAGCUUUAUGUAUAGCCGUGAUUAUUGUAAAUCAUUUGUAGAUAAUAGCGUUACUGCGCACGGCGGCUGCCUCUUGUUGACAUGCCAACCCACGCUUCCAUGAGUUCACCGU